UUCUAAAUUCUUAUUGGUUACGUUCCCGCGUACGUCAAGAAACCAGGAAGUAAGGUGUUUCUGUGAUGUGGAGAAAAUGCUCGGGGAUCUGUUAAUAUUCGGGACGCUGCUGGUGAAUGCAGGAGCUGUGCUGAAUUUCAAGCUAAAGAGGAAGGAGUCCCAUGGAUUUGCAGAUGAGUCCGGAGCUCCAACAACAGGUGAAAACAUCAGAGAGUUCCUCCUCAGCCUGCGGUACUUCCGGAUCUUCAUCGCUCUCUGGAACGUCUUCAUGAUGUUUUGCAUGAUUCUACUCUUUGGAUCGUGAUCGGCUGAAUUGCACAUCCAGGAUGUAAACGUUUCAGACAGAUGCUACAAACUUCUCCAUGGCUGGACACUUUGCCCCUUUUACCCUUUUAAAAUCGCAAUAAUGUUUAAAUUCCCCAAAGUUUCACUGUAUUUCAGGCUCGAUCAGAUUACCUGAAUCAUAUUUAUUUUCUUUCAAACUAUGUAAAAAAAAAAAAUUUUAAUUUAGCUUCAGCUACAACGUCAUCUGUGUACUUCAGAUUAAAAAUCAACAUAAAAAAUGAUCACCUUUAUCAGGAAUGUCACUUCUUGUUUAUAUUUCACAGAUAUGACACAUUCCUAGUUUUAUUUAUCAGAUAUUCUGUGAAAAGUAUCAGAUUUAAACGUCUUUCUUUAAAAUCAGCUCAUGUGACUUGUAAGAAAAAAAUGCUGUAUAUACACUAUAUUGUAAAGGUCCUUAUGCUUAAUAAAAAUAACUAUUCCUACUGUU